AUGAGAAGAAAUUUUACAAGACGCUUCAAUGAACGGCGACUUUUAAGGCCACGUCUAGAAGUUAAGGAAGAGGAAGGAUUUGAUAGAAGUGAUGUAAAAAAGGCAUUAUUAGAAUCACUGCACGAACAACGUAAAGAAGAACGUCGAAAGGAAUUGGAAAAAGAAUUGAAACAACGUGGGAAUCACGAAACAGAAAUAAAGGAGAAAGGGAAAGCAAAGAGUUCGGAGGUGAAAAAUAAGAGUGCGGUAGCAGUGAAGAGUAAAGAGAAAGCGAAAGUUGUUCAAGAGGUGGUUAGCGAACAGGGGGAGAAAACGAGUGAAAUUAUUUUACACGGAACGGACGUGAACGGACGUAUCGAAAAGGUGGGACAUAAGAACGUAAGAAAAGAUCUGGACAUCGAAACAUUACCAUCAACCAGAGAUUUCAUCCGAUUCAUGUCAUUAGAUUACUCAGACGAUCUUGAAGGUAUACCAAAAGAAUUGCGGCAUUUCCGCACACUUCCAUUGGUACCGGUUCCGGAACUGCCAUGUACAAAUUUAACGGUGUCAGAAAAUAGAUGGGGUAUUCAUUCGAGAAGCUUCAAAGAAACGGUUCAUUUGAUCAAUAUUGCGUUUACUGGUAUUUCAUUCUUCAUAUCGUUAUUGCUUUUUCAACACGGUUUCUUACUCAAGCGAAUUGAGCUCACGUCACGCAGUUCAUGUUCGGAUGUUGCUUCACGUGAUGCUUGUUGGUUUCCAGCUCAGUAUCAACGGGUUGUUGUUGUUCUGAUUGAUGCUUUACGAUACGAUUUUGUUGCACCAUCUCAACCACAGCUCAACAGUAGCAACAAAGCAUAUUCCGGUCAUUUUUCGACCAUUACUCGUUUACUUAAUGAUUGUAGAGAAUCAGCAGUUUUAAUGCAUUUCCGUGCCGAUGCUCCGACUACUACGAUGCAGCGUUUGAAGGCACUAACCACUGGUUCACUUCCCACUUUUAUUGAUGUUGGUUCAAAUUUCGCAGGUGCAGCAAUACUGGAAGAUAACUGGAUUGAUGAAAUUAUCGUAACGAAUCGAAGUAUCGUUAUGGUUGGAGACGAUACGUGGAUUUCACUCUAUCCAGAACAGUUCAAACGUAGGUAUCAUUUGCCAUCUUUUGAUAUAAAUGAUCUUCAUACCGCUGAUCAGAUGAUUUCAAAUAAUCUUUUCGAUGAGCUUAAAAAAUCGGAUUGGACUGUGCUGAUAGCGCAUUUUCUUGGUGUUGAUCAUUGUGGGCAUAAAUAUGGUCCAGAUCAUCCUGAAAUGUCCAAAAAAUUAAAACAAAUGAAUGAAAUUUUGGCGAAAGUGGUCGAUUCAAUAGAUAAUGAUACUUUGUUAUUGGUAAUGGGUGAUCAUGGAAUGACUGAAAAUGGUGAUCAUGGUGGCGAUGAACUACUGGAAAUUGAUGCUGCUUUAUUUAUGUUUGCUAAAAAAAAACUAAUUUUUACGGAACCACCGGAAUCAGUUUCACAGGUUGACAUUGUGCCAACGAUCAGUCUGUUACUUGAUUCGCCCAUUCCAUAUUCUAAUAUCGGAAUACUGAUUGAUUGCACUAUACUACCGGAACAUCGGGCCUUAGCUAUAAGCAGUAAUGCAGAGCAGAUGAUGCGUUAUGGACGGACUAUUGUGGCAGAAACUCAAUUGCCAGAGUUAGAUUCAUUGAUACGAAGCUUCGAGAAUAAUGGGAAUGUAGAAAACUCCAUUGACUACAUGCGGCGUUUACAAGAACUUUUGCGUGCUUCAUGGACUGAAUUCAAUAGUAAUUUGAUGCGAAUCGGUUUUCUAUCGUUGAUUGAUACCAUAUUAUCGGUUUACGACUCACUUUAUACGGGAAACAUUUUAUUUGCUUCUUUGGUUUUUCGGUCCGGUCUAUUUUUCAUUCAAACGUCGGUUUUUUUAAUUGGAGAUGACGAACACUAUAUUGCAAUUUUGGAUUUCUUGUUAUCUUUUUCUUUGAUUAUUCGACUUGUUCAAACAGCCAGGACGUUAUUUUCGUUCACAUCAACAAUUUGGGAAAUUGCUGUAUUUUGUAUAGCUGUCACACAUGCAUUAUCUUUUCUUUCCAAUAGCUACAUUGUUUUUGAAUCUUCCGUAAUACGUUUUCUGACACAGACUUUGGUUGCUAUUGCAUUUUGGCAAUCAUUUUCAAAUAGGAAACAUAGUAAUCGGCAUCAACCGAGAUCGUUUUUAGCAAUCUUGGGAAAUCGUUUUAGUUGGCAACGUUCUCUUAUUUUUAUUACAGUUAUUUUACUUUUGCGGUUGGGUAUUUUCUUUGAAAAAUGUCGAGAAGAGCAAGGAGAUGCAUGUGAAGAUACAAUAUUUUCACAGUCAUUUUCGCAUAUCCCUCAUAGUCCUGUGAAAGUAAUGCGUUUUAUGAUCGGUAUCUUAGUACAGAUUGUGGCUGCAUGCAUGGCGACAAAAUAUCUACAAAGUUAUCCAUCUGAAAUUUGGACUUCGACAUUGAUUUUCCCAAGAACAGUUGCUACUAUUGCUUUAUGGCUCUCUUUUUGGUUACCCGAAGAUACCCUUAGCCAUUUUGCUCGGUUUUCACUUGGUACUGCUCAGAUUGUUUAUGGAUUGUCGUUCAUCAAUUUAUUAAUUAUUUGUUUCCAUGCAGCUCGCAUAGGAAAAUUUUGGAGCCAAAGUAAUUGCGCAAUAUCAUAUUUAAUGUGCAUAUCAUCUAUAUUAUUUCUAAUCUUGGGUGAUGGUCUAUCAUUCAGUUUCCUUUCGUUAAUUAUAAUAAUCUUCCUCAUUCCGUUUAUUAUUGAUGAUGAAUAUUACCAAAUAGUACUUCUUGUUUUCCUGUCGUCGCAUGGAUUCUUCUCCUUGUCACAUCAACCGACAUUUUCAUCAAUUCCUUGGCAAGCAGCCUUCGUGGGUGUUCCCGGUAAUUUUGCCAUCCAAAUAGUGCCAGGUGCACUUGUUGUUGCGCAUAUUUUUGCAUCACAAAUCAUCACAAGCGUAGCGCUGCCUAUGCUUGUUGUACAACAAAAUCAUCGACAAUCUGGCCUUUCACAUUGGACUUAUAAAUUGAUCUUAUUUCACUCCUUAAAGGCGUUAUCAGUGUGUGCAAUGGCAGCCAUACAUCGACGACAUUUGAUGGUCUGGAAAAUUUUUGCCCCAAAAUUUAUUUUUGAAUCACUUUCUCUGUGCGUUCUAUGUUUUACCCUAUUAAUCACCAACUGCAUUUUCUGGAAGUUGGUCGUGCCGCCUCCUUCUGAUUUGUUUGGAAAGAGAGGUUGA